AUGGCUCUGUUUAGAAUGGAAAGUGAAUCGGGGUUCAAAAGAGGUCAAUACGAUGGCAAGAUCAGGAAAGAAGAGGCAGUCCUGCACCUGCUACAUGUGGUGCGCUUUCCCAACCUGAUGUGCACGGGAAGCUGGGGACAGGAGGGUACCUGCUACGCCUUCCAGGAGUGCAUGGAGAGGGGAGGGACCGCCUACGGACCAUGUGCCUUUGGAUUCGGAGUGUGCUGCUCACUGACCGCCAGCUGCAGCUCCAUGAUCACGUUGAACAGCACCUACUUCAGCAGCCCGAGAUUCCAUGCCGCCCCCGGUGCUACCCAAGCGCCUCCUAGCGGUGACGGCGGCGCGGGCGGCCAGUCGAGCUGCGCCGUGCAGGUGUUCAAGCUCAGCGAGCGCAUCUGCCAGUUGCGGCUCGACUUCGACGAGUUCGACCUGGAGCGGCCAACGGUCGGCAACUGCGACGGCGAGAAGUUGAUUGUGACGGGACACAACGCCAACAACGUGGUUCCGCCUCUGUGCGGUCUCAACACCGGCCAGCACCACCGCACACUGGUUGAUGAUAAUUUGUUGGGGUUUGUUUAUAGUUUGGGAUCACAUUUUAAGCAACCGGGUGCGCUGACAGUGCCGUCUUCGCAACUCCCUGCAGCACCUUCCAACUGUCUGCAGUACUACACCGGCACAACCGGAAACUUCAGCAGUUUUGACUACGCCGAGUCGCAGGAGAUACCCCCGAGGCGUGGCUACCUCAACAACCUGGACUACACCGUGUGCUUUAGGAAGGAGGCCGGCUACUGCUCCAUUACCUAUUCCGUUCCUGGAAUGAAUGUGCCCUUCUCAAUACAGAACGUUGGCGCUGACAAUGCACCCACGACGAAUGAAACGGAAGCGGGUCUAGGUGUGACCGAGUGCACCAUGGAUUACCUGCUUCUCGGUGGUGUCAGAUAUUGCGGCACCAAGCUUAACCCAUCAACGGAAAUGCCCAACCCCGUUGUCAACGCACCAGUCACUGAUACAACGUCUGGACCAUUCAUGGCAAGAUUCGUGUCGGAUGGUGCAUUAAAUGCUCGUGGCUUUCUGCUAAACUACAUGCAGAACCCGUGUUGACGGGCUCGAGAAACAUAGUGGUUGCUUCGCGGUAGAUGCCAGAAUGUGAUCGAGGGAAUCGCUGUCCACCACUGCAUCGAUUGAUUGCUGCAUAUCCGGAGUACGAAGAUCAACAAAACUGGUAAAAAGAUUAUUGU